UUUUCAUUGGACCUUCUCUUCUUCUAGCCAAGUAUUCAAUCAGUUCAUAUGAUGACUAAUUGUGAUUCGUAGCAGGUAGCCUUUGGUGUAUCAAAAUAAUCCCCGCGUGCGCGUGUAUAAGGAACUCCGAAUCAUCCUACAUAGUUACCCUCCUCCCCAAUUUUGGAGACCCCUUUCUUGUUAUUCAGGUGUUCUACACUGCUAUUGCCACUGCUGUGUCUUCAGUGCUAUCGCCGAUCUCACUCGAUUACUUAAUCAAUGUGUAAAACCUUUGAAUAUUGAGAAAAAGACUGGCAAAGUUGGUAAGAUCAAGAUUGAAGAUGAUGGAAGCUACUAUGAAGUUAGCAUGUCAGGUGAAGCUAAUAAAUUGAAGAAAGCAAAAAUCACAUUAAAUGACUGCCUUGCCUGCAGUGGAUGUAUCACCUCAGCAGAAAGUGUACUUAUCUCACAGCAGAGUUCUGAGGAAUUAUACAAAGUCUUGAAGCAGAAUUCUGCCAUACAAAAGGGAGAACAAUCUGGUGAUGAAAAACUCGUUAUCGUAUCAAUAUCACCACAGUCUCGGGCUUCAUUGGCAGCAAACUAUAAACUUUCUUUGGAAGACACAGCCAAGAAAUUAACAGCCUUUUUCAAAGGUUUAGGUGUUGCUUACAUCCUUGACACAACAUUUUCCCGAAAUUUUAGUUUAAUUGAGAGUGCUCAAGAAUUCCUUCAUCGCUACAAGACUGCCAACAUCAAACAAACUGCAUUCCCCAUGUUGACCUCAGCUUGUCCAGGAUGGAUCUGCUAUGCCGAAAAGACCCAUGGAUCAUUUAUUCUCCCUUACAUCAGCACAACAAAAUCUCCACAGCAAAUCAUGGGAUCCUAUGUGAAAGACUUCUUUGCCAACCUCCAUAGCAAGAGGCCCAGUGACAUCUACCAUGUCACUGUGAUGCCAUGCUAUGAUAAAAAGCUGGAGGCUUCACGCCAAGACUUCUACAAUGACAUCUACAACACCAGAGAUGUCGAUUGUGUUAUCAGUACUGAUGAAGUAGAUAAAAUGUUCCUGAAGGAGAAUGUGUUGUUAGCAGAGAUACCAGCAAUGGAACUUGAUCCUAUAUAUCCUGGUGAUGCCCCCCACAAGUUAGUUACCCAUGCAGGCGGUGGGUCUGGAGGUUUUCUCAACUAUAUACUCAGAAUUGUUUCCAAAGACCUGUUUGGUAAAGAUCUCAAGGAACUGGAAUUAAAAACAUUGAGAAAUAAUGACUCUAAAGAAAUCACAGUAACUUCAGAAGAUGGUAAAGAACUGAAGUUUGCCAUUGCUUAUGGAUUCCGAAACAUCCAAAAUAUUGUCCAGAAGAUUAAGCGAGGCAAGUGUCCAUACCAUUUUGUAGAAAUUAUGGCCUGUCCAUCUGGAUGUAACAAUGGUGGUGGGCAAAUCCGAGCUGCCUCUGCCACACAAGAAAUGGCAAAGAGCACAUUAUUACAAGUUGAAGAACUUUACAACUCUAUUGACCUGAUUGAACCCACAGAGGUUGAAGACGUUCAGAAACUGUAUACUGAGUGGCUUGGAGGGCACGACUCUGAGAAGUGUGCCUCCAUGCUUCACACUCAGUACCACCAUAUAGAGAAAAAUACAAAUGUUUUAAAUCUUAAAUGGUAGAACUAUAAAAUAAAUAAAUAAAUAAAUUAAUUAUUUAAUCAGAUUUGGUGGGGUGGAUAUAAUUGAUUAAAUUGAUCCCAGUACUUGAUUGGGAUUUUAACUCAGAAUGUGAAGAGCCUUAAUGAAUGCUUUAAUACAUUUUGUCUGACCCCCUAACAAUUCUACCAAUUUACAGUCCUUAAUGAUAUAUUCUAACAUGGGCACAACGCUACAAAUUUGGAGGGACAGCUUAGUUGAUUAAAUUAACCCCAACUUCACAACUGGUACUUUAUAUUAUUAAACUUGUAGGUUUUGCCAAAUAAUUUCUAACAUAAGCUCAAAACCUGAGAUUUUAAGAGAGUGUUCAGUUGAUCCAAGUAGUCUCCAUGGUAAUUAAUUUAUCAAUUUACCCCUCCCAAGAUUGCUGCCUUGUGUCAGAAUUAGAAAGAAUUAUUAUUAUUAUUAUUAUUAAAGGGACCCAUGGAAAUUCCACAGAAUGAAAAAGAUUAAGAGAAGCUAUUUACGAAAGGAUGAUUUUCAUUUUUAUUUUUAUUAUGCUAAGUUAUUUCACUUCCAGUCACAAUAAUAUAUUUUAUGAUUUUAAAAUUUCCUUCUGUUAAAUAUUUUAUAUUCCUCUCUUUCUCUCUUACCUCUUCAACAAACUUUUUAACCAUGUAAUUCCCCUCUUCAUGUUUUUAACAUUUCUGUCUUUCUUCUCACCUCUCACUUCCACUAACCAUGAAUGACAGCAUAAUGCAUCAGCUGGCUAUCUGCUCUCUCACAUUCCCUCUUCCUCUCUCUUACUCUACUUCCUCCUCCUCUCUAACAAACUAAAGUGUAAAAGUGUGAAUGAACUGGUUGAAGAAUAAUAUUAUAGAUUUAGUUCAAUAAAAAAAUAAUACUUUUCUCUAUCAACACCACCACCACCACCAUCAUCAUCAUCAUCACUGCAAUUUUCAGUUACAAAACUCGUUUCAUUUCACUUCUGUCCAGCUGUUUGUUUAUAUCUACUUUUUCUUGCUGUCAAUGUAUCUCUACUCUGACAAUGCAAAUGCUCUCUGCUUCUCUCUCUCUCUCUCUUAAUGUAACUGCCUCCUCUGUCCAUCUCUCUCUCUGUCUGCCUUUCUUUAACCUCACUACCAGAACAUCACCCUCUACUAAAUAUUGUACCCUAAACAUAUCUCUUCCUCUUUACCUUCCCCCACCCACCCUACAGCAUGUAGUUAACACUUCUCUUGCUCUUCGUCUCUCCCUUCAACUAACCAUUUGACACAUUUCGCCUUAUUAUACAUCCUACCCUACUUCUUUCUUCUCUUCUCACACUCCUCCUCUCUCUCUCUCACUUUUACUCCACCUCUCACUCACUCCACAUCCACCUUUCUAACUAAAGUGUAAUGGGUGGAUGAACAAGUAGAUUAUUAUUCAGAUUAUUUAAGGUGGUGAAAUGGAAUUGGCAGAACUUUUAGAGUGUUGAACAAAUUUGGAUUAAAUUGGCUGCAAUAAUUGACUGGUACAGCAUUUUCCAAUAUUUCAACUUUUAGGGAACCUUUGGAAUACAUUCCAUGUCUCAACAGAACCCAACAUAAAAUUUAUUAUCAAUUUUUAUUAAUCACUUCCUGACUCUCUGAUGGGGCUGGCCCUUUUUUCAUAAUUUCUUCUUUUCCUCUAUUUCUUUUAUUCUGUGACAGCAGGCUGUUGGUCCCUAUCAGCCUGCAUUUGGAUGUUAUGUUUCUACUGGCAAGGUGAGUCUUGUUGUUGCUCUGGAAAAGCCUCCAAUUUAUGCUUGUGGCCACAUUUGCACAUUACUAUUGCUUAUUUGAAAUCAUUUCCAAACUUCUUUUUUUUCUUUUCAGUGCUUAAUAGUAUGAAAUUUUGCAUCUAGCUGUAAAAAAUAUACAAGGGUAAGUCAAAAAUUAUCUGCACUUUUGCCAUAACAUAUCUUUAUUGUUGUCACACUGCCUUCUGCACAUGCACGCUUACAGUUGGUACUAUUUGAUCAAAGUUUGAACCUGAUCGUGCCAUUUUUCUUUCUAGUUUUAUAAUGUAAGCAUGGCCACUCCACUUGCAAUGUGCACCAAAGAAGAACAAAGAUCUGAGAGAUGGUAAUGGUGAACCAGUUUACCAUUACCAUCUCUCGAGCUUGUUGAACCUUCUCGUCAGUGGUGGAGGUUGACGGGUGUCACGCUUGUCCAGCCACUUUUAAACGUUUUUGAUCCAGUCAUACACACUUCUACAUGGUUGUGCACUGUCCCCGUUUUGUGCUAAAAGCCUCCAAUGAAUUUUAGCACCUGACACAACUUCCAACCAGAGAAAUUGGAUCAGUGUUCUUUAUUCUUCGUUGGUGCACAUUGCUGGUGAAGCAGCCAUGCUUACACUGUAAAACCAGAAAGAAAAAUGGUGCAAUCAGGCUCAAACUUCAAUCACAUGGCCACAAUAGUACCAACUGUAAGCACGCAUGCGCAGAAGUCAGUGUGACAAUAAUAAAGAUAUGUUAUAGGGAAAGUGUGGAUAAAUUUUGACUUCCCUUGUAAUUUCCCUGUAACAAUAUCAAAUGCAAAUAUACGACUUCACUCAACCCGUUUCCCACUAAAAAAUGUUGAAUAGUUUCACAGGCAUCAGGUAUCCAUUUUAGCUAGCAAUGUUAAUUCUUUAAGAUUAGAAUUUUUUUUUUCUCCUGGAUAAGACACCAUUCUUUCACACAAGCAAUUAUUUUUUCUUUAGAAGAGGAAUUAACCCCAGAGCUGCAAACCAAUCAAAACACUUGUCAGUUUGAGGAAGUUGUCACUGACGUCAUUUCUGGUUUAAAGACACUCUAGCCAUGAUUAGCCUGUCUUUUAGGGGCACAUGUACAAUUACGCUACACUGUCCAGUCUGUUCUUUUUGCUUUUUUUCUUUUUCCAAGAUGGCUAAAAUUUGAUGUAUAUCUGGCUGCUAUUUCUAGCAGGUCAAGUGACAAGGCAGAAGUUGGUUCAUAGUAGCUAAGUGUUUUUAGAUCAUAGACAUAUUACAGUGUUUGCUAAUAUGACCUUGUUAUUAUUCCGUUACUUCAUUGACUCAGCUUUUUGUGGACCCAAUAGAAAAACAUCUGAUUUGUGAAUUUUUAAAAAACAGCUCUCAGGAAUCAAUCUUAAAUUAUAUUAAAGAGUUUUCAUUAUUAAUGAACAUUCAUUUAUAUUUUGUUAUGGGAAUUAAAAGUUUUCACAGAGAAACUAUUUUAAUGAUUUCCAGUUAAUUUUGGUUCAUGUACAAAUGUAAAUUGUUUUGUGAAUUAAAAUUUCAAAUUUGGUUA